CAGGGGGCCGGGGUGGGACAGCCAAAGCGAACAGUUGCAAAGGCAAAAAGCAGAAGUUUUCUGAACGAUGGCUGGAACACGGGCACCUUUGAUGCUGGAAAACUUCAUAGGUGGCAAGUUUCUACCUUGUCACUCAUACAUAGAUUCUCAUGACCCAUCCACAGGGGCAGUUCACUGCAGAGUGCCCGAUAGUGGGGAAGAAGAGAUCGCAGCCGCCGUGCAGGCCGCCCGAGAGGCCUUUCCCGGCUGGUCGUCCCGGAGCCCCCCGGAGCGCGCGCAGGUCCUGACCCGGCUGGCGGACUUGCUGGAGCAGGCCCUGGAAGAGUUUGCCCAGGCGGAAUCCAAAGACCAAGGGAAAACCAUCACACUGGCCAGAACCAUGGACAUUCCCCGGGCCGUGCAGAACUUGCGGUUCUUUGCCUCCUCCAUCCUUCACCACACGUCGGAGUGCACCCAGAUGGACCACCUGGGCUGCCUGCACUACACCGUGCGGAGCCCCGUGGGGAUCGCCGGCCUGAUCACCCCCUGGAACCUGCCACUCUACUUGCUGACCUGGAAGAUGGCUCCGGCCAUCGCUGCCGGAAACACCGUGAUCGCCAAGCCCAGUGAGCUGACCUCGGUGACCGCGUGGAUGCUGUGCAAACUCCUGGACAAAGCAGGUGUCCCACCAGGUGUGGUGAACAUCGUCUUUGGGACGGGGCCCAGGGCGGGCGAGGCACUGGUGUCUCACCCUGAGGUACCCCUGAUCUCUUUCACCGGGAGCCAGCCUACAGCUGAGCGCAUCACCCAGCUGAGUGCUCCCCACUGCAAGAAGCUCUCCCUGGAGCUGGGGGGCAAGAACCCUGCCAUCGUCUUUGAGGACGCCAACCUGGAGGACUGCGUUCCGGCAACUGUCAGGUCCAGCUUUGCCAACCAGGGGGAGAUCUGCCUCUGCACCAGCAGGGUCUUCGUCCAGAGGAGCAUCUACAGUGAAUUCCUAAGGAGGUUUGUAGAAGCUUCCAGAAGGUGGAGAGUUGGCCUUCCCUCCGAUCCGUCGGCCAGCAUGGGAGCUCUGAUAAGUAAAGCCCAUCUGGAGAAGGUCAGAGGCUACGUGAAGAAAGCUCGGGCGGAAGGGGCCCAGAUUCUGUGUGGUGAGGGAGUGGAUGACUUGAGCCUUCCCUUCCCAAAUCAGGCAGGCUACUUUAUGCUUCCCACGGUGAUCACAGACAUUAAGGACGAAUCCUGCUGUAUGAAGGAAGAGAUAUUUGGUCCAGUGACGUGUGUUGUCCCCUUUGAUAGUGAAGAGGAAGUGAUUAAAAGAGCCAACAACGUCAAGUAUGGCCUGGCAGCUACAGUGUGGUCCAGCAACGUGGGACGCGUCCACCGGGUGGCUAAGAAGUUGCAAGCAGGAUUGGUGUGGACCAACUGCUGGCUCAUCAGGGAGCUGAAUCUUCCUUUUGGAGGGAUGAAGAGCUCUGGGAUAGGUAGAGAAGGAGCCAAGGAUUCCUAUGACUUCUUCACGGAAAUAAAAACCAUCACUGUUAAAUACUGAUCCUUGCCAAUGGCGAAGCUGUUCGGUGAAUGCCUGAGUGUCCAGUUGCUGUGAUCAGAAUACUUUUGGAGGGAACUUGUAACAAGAAGAGGGUAGUGUUUGAUCCAUUUCUAGUGUCAAGUCUAAUCAAUUCCAGUUCUUAGUAUGUGUACCUAUUGAGGCUGUAGUGUACUAAUCCUAAGAAAAGAAAUAAAUGUCAAACAAUUCUAGUAACAA